GCACCGCCCGAAUCCAUUCCAGACCCAACGCCGGCCGCGCACUUUACUCCGCUCUGACUCCCCGCUCGCCCAGGUGGAUACGUAGAUAGCUUGAUAGAUAUAGCUUUGGAAGGAUCAAGGAUCGGGUGACCCAAGCGGCCUGCCAGCGUCCAUCGGCCGACCGAGCAAGUGCAAGUGUGCAACGGCAGCUAGCUAGCGGCGGCAGCGGGGAGCACACAGACGAUGGUGUCCUUGCAGUCGGCCCUGCUGCCGGAGGCCCGCAAGCGGCCCCCGUGCCUCUCCUUCGCCGACGCCAGCGUCGUCGCCUCCACCGCCACCAGCAAGAAGAGGAAGCGGGACGGCGAGGUGGAGGAGGAUGAGGAGGAGGAGGACGGCAUCGAGCUCAAUUUCGACGCCGCGCCGCUCCCCCUCGAGUGGCAGCGCUGCCUCGACAUCAAGUCGGGGCAGAUCCACUACUACAACACCAGGACGCACAAGAGGACCUCCAAGGACCCGAGGCGGCAAGGCGGCGCGGUGGCCGCGGUGGAGGAGGACGUCGCGAAUUGCGGGCCGCAAGGGCUUGACCUGGACCUGAACCUGGCGUUCGAGCCGCGGCGUCGUUCGCCGGUCAAGGAGGAGAAGAGGGCGGAGGCGAAGCCAGCGGCGGCGACGGGAGGCGAUCAUCACGGGGAUCAGGCGCCGGCCAGCGCGUCCGGCGGCAUGGAGAUGGUGGCUGCCGUGUGCAUGCGGUGCCACAUGCUGGUGAUGAUGUGCCGCGCGUGCCCGGCCUGCCCUAACUGCAAGUUCCUGCACCCGACGAGCCGUCCCACGCCGCCGGCGCCGCUCAAGCUCGGGCUCCAGCUGCUCUGCUGCAGGGACUAGCUAGGUAGCUAGCCCCUAUAUCGAUCAUGCAUGCAUGCAUUCGAAUAUCCGAUCGUCGAUCGUCUCAUGGUGCACCUUGAUAAGUGCAACGAGGACUGUUUCUACACAGUGCACCACAAGUAAUGUUGUACUCCUCUACGUGACCAGACCAUGUAGCUGCGGGCGGACGUGUACGUACAUGUGCAAGAAAUAAACAAUGAUAGUAGCAACUAAA